AUGAACUUAUUGAGUAGUCUCCUCUUUUGGGUUGAAGCUCAUCAUCGGCUAGUAAUGUUAUGUAUUGAUAUUUCAUGCAUAUUUUCUCCCUCUUUCGGAUAUUUAGAUCAAUUAACAAAAAUCAUCAAAACUCGUACAUCAGAAAACUUCAAAAUCGAUUCUAGUAUUGUUUUAUUGCUAUCCAACUACCUCAGAAUUAUAUACUGGUAUUGGAAACAAUUUGAUACUUAUCUUUUAUUUCAAUCGAUCUGGAUGAUAGGCGUACAGCUCACAUUAGCAUUUUUAUAUUACUUCUUUAAACCUGAAGGUAAAGAGUCAACCCCAACUAAUGAACAGAACCCUAACACACUCUUUUUUGAUCAAUUUUAUGCAAAGAAUUUUCUUGAGUUUAUGGGGUACGUAACUAUUAUAGCUCUGGUUCUUCUAUUGUUAUCAAUAGGGCUUCAUUCUCUUUUCGAUUCCCAAAUUAUCAUCGAAUCCAUAGGCAUUGUUUCCAACUUAAUUGACUGCAUUGUGACACUUCCUCAGUUUAUAUUAGUCGUUGUCAAGCGAAAUAUUCGAUAUGUCACGGUAUUUUUAUUGUUGCAAUGGAGCCUUGCUGUUGGUUGUAAACUAGUGCUGCUUAUUAUGCGCCCGGUUCCAUUUCCGUUCAUGAUCGGCCUGACCAUCCAAGGAUUCUUAACAUUUUUCGUUGUAACUUUUUAUAUCGGGAUCAGAUUGACUAGAAAGAACACGGAAAUUAAUUCUGAAAAUGAUAAUAUUGACGAUAAAAAUCCUAGCUUCGGAGUGAAUUUUGAUGAUGUAGAUCUUGAUUCCCAUAUGGAAUCAAUAUAA